UUAACCAAUGAUCGUUCGAAUUGUCCCGCGUAGGCGGUGUCUCUGUGUCAUUCUGGAAUCUGAUAGGCUGUUGUGGCCCGAUGGACCUUUUUUGAAAGAUAUCUGAACACAAGCGAGCUAAAAGAACCGCGCUCUAAUAGGUUAUGAGGGCCAGUGAGUUUGAUUCCUCUGAUGAAGAGGAUUGUGGUGAUGAAGAGUCUUACACUCCUCUACACAUCUCCUGGUUGUCCUUGUCGGUGGUUGAGUGCUCACAGUUCCUCGGUAUUUGCUCUUUGCCAGGAUGCAGAUAUAAGGACAUCAGGAGAAACUUGGAGAAAGAUGUGGGUGAGUUGUGUGCCCAGGGUGUACAGGAUGUGUUUGUGCUGUGUGAGAGGGCCGAGCUUGUGCGUUACAGAGUGCCAUGUUUGUUAGAAUGUUACACUCAUCGUGGACUCAGCGUGCACCACCUGCCCUUCCCUGAUGGUGGCGCUCCUGAGCUGCACCAAUGUAUUUGCAUCCUGGAUGAACUGCAGCAUUGCUUACACACCCAACGCCGCACCAUCAUCCAUUGUUAUGGAGGUCUGGGUCGCUCAGGACUUAUCGCUGCAUGUUUGUUGCUGCAGCUCUCCGUCUCCAUGACACCCACUGAUGCCAUCGAGAUCCUGAGAGAGCUAAGAGGAGGCGGAGCAAUUCAGACUGUCAAACAAUACAACUUCCUGCACGAGUUUCGGGAGAAGUUUGCAGCUCAUCAGGAAACCAAAGAGUCCAGAACCUCUGAGAGAUGUGUCUCCAGAUAGCCCUGCCCCUGGAAAGCCCCACCCACCCCUCCAUCUUUAACCAUGAUUUAUUAAGGAAGUGACAAGUCUGAUCUUAUUCUGCACUGAUCUGAGAUUUUCACAUUGUGGGUUUUUCUGUUAGUAUUAUGGGAUUGAUUAUGGCAUUGCUGUUCAUGUGAACUGGUGGGGUGCCAAUAGUUUUUAAACGGCCUUGUAGACCAGUGUGGUGAUUAAUAACAUGGGAAGUCAAUGUUGUUUCCCUCUCAACAUCAACUGGAAACACUCCAAUAAGUUCAGCUUCUCCUUCAGUCUUUUAUUCCAUGAGUACACACACACACACACAUAUACACACACACACGCACGCACGCAGAGAGCUAUACAUGUCUGCUGUGUGUUUAUACAGUGCUGUGCUCUCAGAUUUUUGAUGUUUAUUUUUAAUAUUAAAAAUGAGGCUUCACACUGAUGUUGGACUGAAUAAAUAAAAAUGAUCAGGUCUGAAAGAAUUCACAAAAUCAAGUAAAGAUUAAAAUCUGAGCCCAUGUUAGUAAGAUGGAGUGAAACAAUAACCAAAAAAUCUGUGGUGAUGUUUUAACUUGAGCAUUUGUGAACACAGACUGAUGUUAGGUGUCAU